AUGUCUACAAUUCGAAUGAAAGCAGCAAAAUGCCCCUCGGAUGAGUUAGCCAUCACCAACUGUGCUUUAAUAAAUCCUGAUGACUUCCCAAGUGAUGUUAAGCAUAUUGAAGUAUCAACUGGACCAUCUCAACAUUUCGUGUUCAGUAUCAGAUUUUACAACGGAGUCGACAGAGGCACUGUUGGCUUCUCAGCGCCACAGAGAAAAUGGGCUACACUCUCCAUUGGGCAGCCUAUCGAUGUGAGAAUCUUCAAGCCCCAAAGCGCAGAAUGCCUCUGCAGUGUCACCUUGGAAGCAGACUUUAUGCUCAAGAAGACAACGUCAAUGGACCCAUACGAUUCAGAGCAAAUGGCGAGGGACUUCUUAAUCCAGUUUUCCAACCAGGUCUUCACAGUCGGUCAGCAACUGGCCUUCUCUUUUCAAGAGAAGAAAGUACUUUCUUUAAUAGUGAAGAACUUAGAAGCUGUGGACGUCCAAGCCUUAGCGCAGGGCGCCAACGCGGUACCACGACGCGUGAAGCUUGGUCGUCUCUUACCGGAUGCCUGCAUCCAGUUUGACAAAGCGGAGAACUCUUCGCUCAACCUCGUGGGGAAGGCCAAAGGGAAACAGCCUCGCCAGUCCAUCAUCAACCCAGAUUGGGACUUUGGAAAGAUGGGCAUUGGUGGUCUGGACAACGAAUUUAACGCCAUUUUUCGACGUGCUUUUGCUUCGAGAGUGUUUCCGCCAGAGGUGGUUGAGCAAUUAGGAUGCAAGCACGUGAAAGGUAUCCUUCUGUUCGGGCCUCCCGGUACUGGUAAGACUCUGAUGGCGCGACAGAUCGGUAAGAUGUUGAACGCGCGCGAGCCCAAGAUCGUCAAUGGCCCGCAGAUAUUGGACAAGUAUGUGGGUGAGAGUGAGGCUAACAUUCGGAGGCUGUUUGCUGAUGCUGAGGAAGAAGAGAAGAGGUGUGGUCCGAACAGCGGUCUCCACAUAAUCAUAUUCGACGAAAUCGAUGCUAUUUGCAAGGCGAGAGGUUCUGUCGGUGGGAACACAGGUGUCCACGACACCGUUGUCAAUCAGCUCUUGUCUAAAAUCGAUGGUGUGGACCAGCUGAACAACAUUCUGGUGAUCGGUAUGACGAACAGACGGGACAUGAUCGACGAAGCGUUACUCCGACCUGGUCGUCUUGAGGUCCAAAUGGAGAUCGGUCUCCCAGACGAAAAAGGAAGAGUCCAGAUUCUGAAUAUUCAUACGAAAAGGAUGAGGGACUAUAAGAAGAUCGCGGAGGAAGUUGACAAUAAGGAAUUAGCGGCACUAACAAAGAAUUUCUCUGGAGCGGAACUGGAAGGUUUGGUGCGUGCUGCACAGUCGACGGCAAUGAACAGGCUGAUAAAGGCAUCGAGCAAGGUCGAGGUGGAUCCCGAGGCUAUGGAAAAGCUCAUGGUGGAACGUACUGACUUCCUGCACGCGUUGGAAAAUGAUAUCAAACCGGCUUUCGGUACCGCGGCGGAAGCAUUGGAGCACUUCUUAGCUCGUGGUGUCAUCAACUGGGGAACACCGGUUUCGUCGGUUCUUGAAGACGGACAGCUGUACAUCCAGCAGGCACGGGCUACUGAGGCUAGCGGGCUGGUCUCCGUACUUCUCGAAGGUCCUCCAAACAGCGGCAAGACGGCGCUGGCGGCGCAAUUAGCCAAACUAUCAGAUUUCCCCUUCGUCAAAGUUUGCUCGCCUGAGGAUAUGGUCGGCUUCACCGAGACUGCAAAGUGUCUUCAAAUUCGAAAGUAUUUCGACGACGCGUAUCGUUCAAGUCUCUCGUGCAUUUUGGUGGACAACAUCGAACGGUUGUUGGACUACGGACCGAUUGGGCCUCGCUACUCCAACUUGACGUUGCAAGCUCUGCUCGUGUUGCUCAAGAAACAGCCGCCUAAGGGACGGAAAUUGCUCAUUCUUUGCACGAGCAGUAGACGACAAGUACUUGAGGACAUGGAGGUGCUAUCUGCGUUCACGGGCGUGCUGCACGUGCCCAACCUGUCGCAGCCGGAACACGUGCUCGCCGUGCUAGAAGAGAGCGACGCCUUCUCGAAAAAAGACCUCGCCAAAAUACAGAAGGAACUACGCGGAGCUAAAAUCUUCAUCGGCAUCAAGAAACUGCUAGCCCUAGUGGACAUGGUGAAACAAACAGACGACGAGUCAAGAGUAUUCAAAUUCCUGACAAAAAUCCAGGAAGAGGGCGGCAUGGACCACCCCUCACUUUCUUCAAAAGCCACCCGCGCAACAGAGUGCUCGCCCUGCGCUUCGGAUCUUAGAAGCAUCGAGAUAGACUACGACGAUAUUAGCGAUUGCACAGACCUCAGCAGCAAAAUUGUCAGGACGAAUAAGGGACACGAGGUUUCCCCAGCCAAGAUGCCCCUUAUGAGAAUUAGAAGCGUCGAAAUCGUGUUCGAAGAUGACUUCUCAGCCUGCACGGACACAGGCCUGCUCGAACGCAGCUUCGAACUAGCCUCGGACAGUGACGAUUCGACUAAAUGCGUCGAAGAUCUCGAACAUCACCAAGCGAAGGACGAAGUCACUCUAAACGCUGACACUGACGACGAAUCGAUUACCAUCACCAAAGACAAUAUAGUAGACGGUAGACAAGAGACGGGCUAUACAGAGGAUACACACAAUAACUUGGGUAGACGAAAUAUUGCAAACAGUUUGGAUAGGCAUGAGGCGAAUUUGGUCAUGGAAUCGCUCAAUAUACCUGAAGAUGUUUCGGAUUUAGCUGAUUCUGGAAGGUUUACGGAGGACGCUUCCUCCAGAGAUAUACCCAUGCCUUUUGAAGACGCUUCGCUUUCUCAUUCAUUCGAUGCGAUUGCUAGAGGUAAGGAUACGGAUAACAAACUGUUCGAAUAUAUAGAUAGCCAUAGUGGAAGUUCAGAUGACACGGCGAUAUGUGAAGAUGCAACUGGAACGAAAUUCCUCACCCCCUCACAAAGCGAUCCUGCAGAAGACGAUACCUUAUAUGAUAGUAACGAAUUGCAAUACGACUCCUUUAUAGAUAUGGGAAAAUUUUAA